GGAGGAGCAUGAAGCCGGGGGAGAGGCCGGUGAGGGGAGCGGGCGUCUGCUGAGGAGACUCCGGACUGUAUAACAUUAUUAGGUAAUUGCCACCACCAUGUGUCCGGCCCUGCAAACCAACAUGAGACCAGAGCUCCUAACCGAUCCCUAUGAGAGAUUCAUGCAACGUCACCUGAAGUAUUACGGGUAUUUUAAAGAAAAUAAAGCAAAAGAAGAAGACAUUUUAUUGCGCCCAGCACAGAGGAACAGAAGACAAGAAGAAGAAGAAGCUACGGACAGCGAUUCCGACAGACCGUCCUCUCUGGACGACCAGAAAAAGCUGAUUUACUCGUUGCUGCUGGAGAGUCCCGUGUUUAAAAGUCGGCAGAUUGUGUUUGAUAAGCAAGAGGGACAGGUCAUCCCACGUCUCAGCGAACCCAGAGAUUUGUUUUCCACCUCCAAAAAGAACGGUCUCCUAAAACCUCCGCGCUGGCCUACAGAGUGUGAAGUCAUUUCUGAGGCCAUCAGUCAUGUUGAGUGGCGACCUCCACAUCCAGAACUGUUCUACAGACCUACAAGGAAGGAAGCAUUGCCCUACGUUUCCUUUGAAGGGGAAGGCAAAGUGGUUUAUGAAAUCAGCCAAGGUUACAAGGGCUCGUACUUUACCGGUUCUCGUACUGGUGGGCGACGUUGCACAACUAAUAUGCCAACAUAUAUGGACGUGAAGAGUAACAAUGACUUGCAGUUUGAGUCACGAUUUGAAAGCGGUAAUCUCCAGAAGGCCGUGAAAGUGGGGGCAUACGAGUAUGAAUUGACGCUGCGCACCGACCUUUACACCGGCAAGCACACUCAGUGGUUCUACUUCCAGGUGAAGAACACCAGGGGGGGUAUUCCUUAUCGUUUCACCAUCACUAAUCUGAUGAAGAAAAACAGUCUGUACAAUGAAGGAAUGAAACCCUUGAUGUACUCUGAGCAUGAUGCUGUACUACGGGGGGAAGGAUGGAGAAGGGAAGGGGGAGACAUAAAGUACUACAGAAGUUCUCGUUCUCAGGAAGGUGCCACUCUCUACUGCUUGACGUGGACUUUCGAGUUCCCACAUAACAAUGACACCUGUUACUUUGCUCAUUGCUAUCCAUACACAUACUCUGAUCUGAGUAGAGAUCUUCAGAGGUGGACUUGUGAUCCUGCACGUUCCCAGUAUUGUAAGCUCCGGGCCUUGUGUAGGAGUCUGGCUGGGAACACUGUCUACUUGUUGACCAUCACUUCCCCCUCUAUAAACCCGGCAUUGGCAGUCAAUAAGAAAGCAGUGGUGGUGACGGCAAGGGUGCAUCCUGGAGAAACCAAUGGCUCAUGGAUGAUGAAAGGCUUCCUGGACUUCAUUCUGAGUGACUCUCCCGAUGCUCAGCUACUCAGGGACACAUUUAUCUUUAAAGUUAUUCCUAUGCUGAACCCCGAUGGGGUAAUUGUUGGAAACUACCGCUGCUCUCUGUCUGGGAGAGACCUAAAUAGAAACUAUAGGAGUAUGCUGAAAGAUUCCUUCCCAUCUAUAUGGCACACUCGGGCUAUGGUUAAAAGGCUGGUAGCGGAGAGAGAAGUUCUGCUGUACUGCGAUUUUCAUGGCCACAGUCGUAAGAACAACGUAUUCAUGUAUGGCUGUAACAACAAGGGUCAACCGGAGUCAAAGCUGCACGAGAGAGUCUUCCCUCUGAUGUUGAGCAAAAAUGCCCCUGAAAAGUUUUUUUUUAAGGGCUGUAAGUUCAAAGUGCAGAAAAGCAAAGAAGGAACCGGUCGAAUUGUCAUGUGGAGGCACGGCAUCAGAAACAGCUACACCAUGGAGUCCACAUUCUGCGGCUCCACACUCGCAGACAGAAAGGGCACACAUUUUACAACUGAAGACCUCAAAUCGAUCGGUCACCACUUCUGUGACACUCUGCUGGACUACUGCGAUCCUGACAACACUAAGUUCAAGGUCUGCUUGUCCGAGCUCCAUACUCUUGUGCAGGAGGAAAUUAAGGAGAAGUUGAAACGUCUUGGAAGAGAUGUCGAUUCGGACAUGAAUUUGAGCGAUAUUUCACUAUCAGACAUCGAGUCAAGCACCAGUGGAUCCAAUAGCUCAGAAUCUGAUGGACUUCCUGCACAUUUACUGCACAUAGCCAGUAAGUUUUCUCAGAAGAAAAAACGAUUGAGGUCUCGCAAGGAGAGGAACCACAUGUAUCAGAAACGCAGUUCCAAACACAAGCCAAAGUCACGUGACGAUACGGACGUUACUGAGCCAUCUAACCAAACGGCCAAAUCCACACCCUCAAAAAGUUCUGGCAAAAUAGAUCUAGAGAAAAAAAAACGGAAGGUGAAGUCCCAUGAAAGCUCCUUAUCACAACCUGAUGUGGUGCAGACAUCUACAGUGCAAAUGUCAGAAAAACCCACCCUUUCCUUCUCCCGCAAGCCAGAAUCUAUCUCUGUGAAGACCCAGCUGAUCAACAGACUCCCAACCUCCUUUGUUGGAGAUUUCUCCUCCAUUGAUCAUGUGUGUCCUCGUCAUGGCACGGUAAAGUCCCGUGAGCCUGCUGGUGGAAAUCGCCUUCCUCUCAUCAUUACAGUCAUUCAACGUGCCAACUUACCCCCGAUCUCCAAAGACGACUCCUCUAUCAAACAGCACCCACCACCUUUCCACGCCAUGCUCAAUUACAACAAUGACAAAAGCCAAGUAUCUGAUCACGUUCUGAAAAGAGAAAAGUCCUUUACAUCUCGGCCUCUUAUACCAGCUGUGGGAACAAAGCCAUAUAGUUUUGCAUCAACUCUGGAGAGGCAGAAACACUUAGAAACAUCUACAGUUGAUCUGCAGCUGAGCCUUAGUCCUGUGGUCCGGAGAAACAGCCGGCUGCGCCAGGAAUCACUGAUGGCUCUGGUGACUUCAGACUUUUUGGAUAACUUCCCGUCGAAAGCAAAGAAGGAUAUUUCAAACCCAGCAAGAUCAUUGCAAAAGAUUAAGAAGUCAGACUCCUUCACCACAAGCGCCUCAGAAGACAUGGCAUUUACCAAGCAUCCGGCAGUGUAAUAAGAGCUGCAUCCGAUUUUCUAAAACCACCCAAAUUCCCGGCAUCGGUAAGAACAGGCUGUGAAGACUAAAUCCACACAAGCUGCUGCGUUCAUCUCAAUCAUGCACACAUCUCCUGGUAUUGUUCUAAAUCAUUGCACUGACAAUACCUGUAUUCAGUUUGCUGUUAAAUACAUUUCUAUAAAGUAUUAUUUGUACG